AUGUCGGAAGAGCCAAAAGAAUUAACGAGUGAAUUGGAAGUUGUAACGCAAGAUCAACUCGAUCUACAGGAUCAACAGAUGAAACAAAUCGAAGACGAGCAAAAACUAUUCCCACUGGUCGGCGAAUCCCUUCCAUUUGAUAUUAUUGUUAUGGAGUAUGACGAAACAACAAGUCCUGAAUUUUUUGGCAAGGCUAAACAACUUGCCGAAGUUUAUUCGGACGUUCGUCAAAUAAGAGGUGACGGGAACUGCUUCUAUCGCGCCGUCAUGGUUGGAAUAUUUGAGAAGUUGUUAAAUGACAACGCGAGAGCCCAACAAUUUCUCGGUGUUUGCAAAAGCUGGAAUGAGAGACUCCUGAAGUUAGGGUUUCCCGAAUGGACAACCAACGAUUUUUGUGAAUUCUUUAUCACCUGGCUAACAGAUCUUGUCAAUCAGAAGUUAACAAGAGGAAAAGUUUUUACUGAUCUAAACGAUGACCAUCAUUCAAACUAUCUAAUCAUUUUUAUGAGAUUAAUCACCUCGGGAUAUUUGAAAGAACAUUGCUCCGAGUAUGAGCCAUUCAUUGAGUCGGGGCUACCAAUGGAUGAGUACUGUACCUCUGAAAUAGAGGCAAUGUGGAAAGAUGCGGACCAUUUAGGUAUAAUUGGACUCGUUAAUGCCACAGGUUUUAAAAUUCGCAUUGAGUAUAUGGAUCAGUCCGCUGCUCCAAAUGGUGGCUGGCAUUACGACAUUCCUGAGAAUGAUGCUAAAGCUGAUAUUGUUCUACUCUACCGUCCGGGACAUUAUGAUCUCCUUUACGCUAAAAACGCGUAG